AAUAACAAAAAGGUCCCUAACAGAAAAUUUCUCCUAAAUCAACACAACCAAUUGAAAGCAAUCGAAAAGAAGAGAAGCUCUAAAAUGGAUCCUAGCCAGCCCCCUGGUGAAAAUUAUGCCAAUCCAAAGACAUGUUUCUUUCAUGUUCUCUUCAAGGCAGGAGCUUUGGCAUUUUACAUACUCUCUGCUCUUUUUUUUAAUAGCUUUGUCAUCAUUUUUGUGGUGACUGUGCUUCUUGCUGCUCUUGAUUUUUGGGUGGUUAAGAAUGUGAGCGGUCGGAUUCUAGUUGGCCUUAGGUGGUGGAAUGAGAUAAAUGAUCUGGGUGAGAGUGUGUGGAAAUUUGAAUCCCUUGACCAAGAGUCAUUAGCCCGAAUGAACAAGAAAGGCUCAUGGCUGUUCUGGUGGACUCUUUACAUAACAGCGGUCGCCUGGAUUGUGCUAGGAAUUUUCUCUCUCAUAAGGUUCCAAGCAGAUUAUUGCCUCAUUGUUGGAGUAUGUUUGACCCUCAGCAUUGCAAACAUUGUUGGCUUCACCAAAUGUCGCAAAGAUGCUAAGAAGCAGUUCCAGCAGUUCGCAUCUCAGACCAUUGCAUCUCGAGUGUCAUCUACCAUACAGUCAGCAUUCAGUGUUGUGUGAUUCAUUCAUUACAGAAGGUGGGGCAUAUAACCAAAGUCGUGCACUUGUGCAAGAGAUGUUGAAAAUUGGUGGGGGAAGCAUACAGACAUGGUGGUGUUGCAUCUGUUGAUUUUUUGAACUUCCAGUAGGAUACACUUUAGAUGUUUUGUUGACCUCUCAGACACCUAAUCAUUUGUGCAAUGAAUUAAGAAAAACGAUAGUGUUACAGAAAUAAUUUUGCUGUUGAGUGUAAUUAUUGCCAUGUUUUUAGCUCUCCUCAGUAAAGCAGUCUUAACAGCCUUCAAUA